CCUGGCAUUUGGCAUCAGACCACGCAACCUCUCGUCCACAGCCGCAGUCUUCUCCCUCCAAGCUCUCUCGAAGCGCAGAAGCAGCAGCCAUGGACGUCGCCGGCGCCGGAGCGGGUGGGAAGGUGAAGAAGGGGGCGGCCGGGCGCAAGGCGGGCGGCCCCAGGAAGAAGUCGGUGUCGCGGUCCGUGAAGGCCGGGCUCCAGUUCCCCGUCGGCCGCAUCGGGCGCUACCUCAAGAAGGGCCGCUACGCCCAGCGCGUCGGCACCGGCGCCCCCGUGUACCUCGCCGCCGUCCUCGAGUACCUCGCCGCCGAGGUGCUGGAGCUGGCCGGGAACGCGGCGAGGGACAACAAGAAGACGCGGAUCAUCCCGCGCCACGUGCUCCUAGCGAUCCGCAACGACGAGGAGCUCGGGAAGCUGCUGGCCGGCGUCACCAUCGCGCACGGCGGCGUCCUGCCCAACAUCAACCCGGUGCUGCUGCCCAAGAAGGUGGCGGAGAAGGCGGCCAGCGGCGCCAAGGAGGCCAAGUCGCCCAAGAAGGGCGCCAAGUCCCCCAAGAAGGCCUAGAGACACCAUUAGCGCUGUGCUGUGCUACAUGUUCAUGUUUAGAUCUGUAGGUGGGAUAUGUGCUGAUCUAGUGUCGUCGUUCUAGCUUGUGUGUCUAUGCAAUUUCAAUGCAAUAGUAUUGCCAGUAAUCGGAGUUGCUUAUGAAGUGCUUGAUAUUUCGAUU